AUGUCUACUAAAUACACCAACAAACUUGAUGGCCAGCGCGUCCUGGUGAUCGGUGGCUCAACAGGCAUUGGUUUCGCCGUCGCCGAAGCAGCCCUCGAACACGGCGCAAAUGUCGUCAUCAGCAGCUCCAACCAAUCUAAAAUAGAUGCUGCUAUCAAGCGUCUGGAAAACCUCAUAAACAGCACUCAACUCCCAAUGAGGGGCAUCUCUGGCAAAGUCUGCAACCUCGCCAAACCGGAAACAAUCGAGACCAACGUCAAAGAGCUACUUGAGGCUGCUUCUCAAGACGGAAAGCUCGACCAUGUCGUCUUCACGGCUGGAGACUUCAAUCCUUCGCCAAGUCUUGACUCAGCAACGGUUAGUGUCAUAUCUAAAAUCGGCAUGGUUCGUGUCAUGGGUGCUGUCUUUGUUGCAAAGCAUCUCUCGAGUUACAUCAAUCAAUCGAACACCAGCUCGUUUACCAUUACGGGAACGACUACUGACUCUCGUCCCUCUGGGGCGGGUUGGUCUCUUCUUAAAGCAGCAGCCGGUGGAAUUGAGCCAAUGACUCGUGCUUUGUGUAUUGAUCUUAAGCCUGUGCGCGUCAAUUGUGUCACGCCGGGUUUUGUGCAUACCGCUUUGUUCGAUGGGUUUCCGCAAGAUGUCAGGGAUGUUAUCUUUCCUGCUAUGGAGAAGGACUCUGUUGUAGGUAGACUUGGGACUGCAGAGGAGUUGGCGGAGGCUUAUGUUUAUUUGAUGAAGUGUACUUUUGCUACUGGGUCGAUUGUUGUCGUCGACGGAGGUAGGAUUGUUGGAGAUAACAAGAGUCAGUGA